GCGCGGUUCGAGCGCGGCUGGAGCGGCGCCGGGCGCUGCUGUGGCGGGGACGGACCGGCACCGGCCCGCUCGGAGCCGACGGACGGCUGCCAGCGCCCCGUGCCGCAGCUCUCCGCCAGCCCUGGCCCCUGGCUCGGGGUCCUGCGGCGCUCCCCGCCCUGGCUCUGGUGCUGCCCGUCCGCCCGGGGCCGGUUCGCUUUCGUCUCUCGUUGCGCUGGUCGCGGGCAGCGAGCCUUAUGCAUGUUACCAAUGGAAUGUAGUAUGUGGACUUGCUCUAAAAGUGAUGCUGAUGACGACCUGCUCGCAAAUGUGCAGUCAUUACAGAAUCAGCUGAAGAGAACUGAAAAAAACCUACAAACUGUAGAGAAAGAGCUUUCCAGUACAAGGGAAUAUUACAGCCGCUGCUUCGAUGAGGUCACAGAUGUCCCUCUGGAGGACUUUGUGCAGCCCAAUUACAAUUGUCAAGGCUUUUCCAGCUGUAAGAAGAAUUCUGGGAGAACAUCUCGCCAGGAUUUUCAAAGAAAAUGCAAAUCAUACUCUGUACCUGCAACUUUGGAUAAAACUGUGGAAGGAAAUGAACAACUUCAGGAGAAGUUGGAUGCCCUUCAUGAGCAAAAUGCAUCUUUGACUUCUCAGAAUCAAUACUUGAAGAACAGAGUGGAAACAAUGAACUUUGAAUUGAUGCAGUCAAAAACAAAAAUUUCAUAUCUUGAGGCUGCUUUAGCUACACAUUUAAUCAGCAUUCCGAAGUUGAAAGAACAGAUUGUAAAUUUGGAAGCAGAAGUUUCAGCUCAAGAUAAAAUUCUGAAAGAUGCAGAAGAUAGACUAGAUCAAAAUCAGAAAACAGCAAUGGAAAGAGAACAUAUGUUGGAAAGAUACCAAAAGGGCUAUAAAAUUCUGAAAAUUGAGUUAAUUGAACAAAGCAAGCAAGGAAAGAGAGCACAACAGCAAAGAAAUGAAGCUUUGUUGAAUGUGGAGGAGCUGACAAGGGCUUUUACAAAGUAUAAAGCAGAAAUAACUGAAAAAUUAGAAAAGGCUAAAGCUGAAGAAGUAGUCAUGGGAGAACGUUUAAUUAGUUGUGAAAAAGAAAAAGAGAAGUUGAAUGAUAAGUGUAUCAGCUACAGGGAGGAUCUAGGCAUCCUAGAGGAGCAACUAAGACAAUUAAAGGAAGAGAAUCACAACACAAAAGAAGAAAUUAAAGCUCUAGAGGCAAAGAACACUGAAAUGGCAUCAAUGCUGAGCCAGUCUGAUCAGAAGAUCAUCAAGCUUGAGAGUGAACUUUCUGAAAAAGAAAUAGUACUUAAAGAGAAAAAUGCUCUAAUAAGUGAAAAUGAAGAGCUGAGAGCACUUACUGCACAGCAACAUGACCACUUGAAAUUAUGUCAUCAAGAAAUAGAGGAUUCAAGGGAAGAGCUCAAUGUACUGGAAACCAUUAUUUCUCAGUUGUCUUUAAGUACAUCUGAAGAGUUUAAAUGGCACCAUUUCAAACACCAGCUAUUGAGUUCCUCAGCAAAAGAAGCUACCUCUGAAUCUUGUGGUGAAUCAAGUAAACCUUUGAUUGCAGACCUAAGCAUUAAACUGGCAAUGAAAGAAGCAGAAAUUCAAAAGCCUGAUGCAAAGUUAACUAUCUGUACUGGAGCUGAGCAUCUUUCUAAUGGUAAUGAAGGACAAGGAAACAGCAGGUUACGUGACCUAGAAACAGAGCCUGUCAAAUUGAUCAGAAAUUCAGGAGAGAGGAGAAAAUGUCAACAGUUGGAACUUAUAAGCAAACAAUUUGAAAAGGUGAGGCAAAAAUUCCAGAAAGAGAUAGAAGAGCUACGCACUAAGCUGAUAAAAGCAGAUGAUGAGAAUUCUGCCUUGAGGACCAGCAUGGCUCAAAGAACCAGUCAGUUUCAAAUCAUACAGGAAGACCUAUUGAAGAAGGCUUCAAAAACUUGUAGCUUAGAGAGAGAAGUAAGAAAGAAAUCUUCUCAGCUUUCUGCACUUGAGAAACAAUUGGAAGAAAAGACUAUUGCUUAUUCCACUGCUGCAGAAAGAAAUGUUGAGUUGGAACUGGAACUUAUGGGAAAAAAUAGAUGCAUUCAUGAGCUGAAAACAACUAUCAGUGAAGAACAUGAGAAAAUAACUUCUGCUUUUGAAAAUGAAAAAUUGCUUCACCUUGACCAGCACAAAGAAAUGGAGAAACAGAUUACUCUACUUCAAGCACAGCUGGAUAAGAAACAUCACCAAGUCAUUGAACAAGAGAAGAUAAUAUCUAUUUUACAGCAAGAGGUUUUACAUAAACAGCAUCACAUCAAAUCAUUGGAUGGGUUGCUGAUAGGAAACAGAGAGGAAAUGGAAACUCAAAAUGUCAAGAAAGAUCAAGGAUUGAAGAUGCUGGAGAUCCAUUUAACAGAAGAAAAAAUCAAAGUACAACAACUUGAGUCAGCACUAAAUGUAUGUAAGGAAGAAGUUGCACUGUAUUUGAGUCAGUCACAAGAAAAUAAGGAGAUGUUUGAAAAUCAGCUGAAAGAAAGGUCUGAAGAGCUUCAUUAUUUGCAGAAAGAAAUAAAAAUUAAAGGUCAGACAAUUCAGGACAUGAGCGAACAAAAUAUUCUCCUGCAACAAACUUUGCAUCAUCAGCAGCAAAUGUUACAGCAAGAAACUAUUAGAAAUGGAGAGUUGGAAGAGAAUCAAAUUAAACUUGAAAAACAGGUAUCCACUAUGGAAAAAGAGCUUCAGAAGCAGAAAGCAUGUGCAGAAGAUGAGUUGAGAAAGGUGGAGGAGAAACUGCGCCUAGCUGCUCAGGAAGCAGAUUUAAACAGACAGAAGGUGGCUGAACUGAAUUGUACAAUCAGGCAGAUUAAAUUGAAGAUGGAUCAGUGCAAGAAUGAACUUACUGGCAUGGAAAAAGAAGUAGUGCAAUUAAAACGAGAUGGUGCGAACAAAGCACUGCAGAUAAAUCAGUUGGAUAUUGCUCUGGAAGAAGCAAGAUCAGAGCUCAACAGAAAGGCAAAUGAAGUGAAUGAUUUUGAAGAUAAGCUUCUUCAAAGUGAGACUUGCCACAGGAAAGCCUUACAGAAAAUAGCAGAACUGGAAUCUGCAUUACAGAAUGCCCGUGGAGAAUUAAAGAUCACUUUAACACAGCUUCAGGAGUUGCAAGAUGCAUUGCAGAAUGCACAGUCCUCUCUGGAGGAGAGGAACAUUGCUAUCAUGGAUCUAACAACUGAGCUCAGGUAUUGUAAGGAUGAAAUUGAAGACAAAAAGCAGGAACUCCUUGACAUGGACCAAGCACUGAAAGAAAGGAAUUGGGAACUGAAACAAAGAGUAGCUCAGAUUACACAAUUGGAUAUGACAGUUCGUGAGCAUAAAGGAGAAAUGGAGCAACAAAUAAUUCAAUUACAGUGUAAUUUAGAGAAGUCAGAGUUGGAAAUUAAGGAAUGCAAUAAACAGAUUAAGGGUUUAGAGAAGAAACUCCAGCAUUCUAAAGAUGAGCUUCGUGAAAAAGAGUUUGAAUUGCUCCAGAGAGAUCAGGAAAUAAAUCAGCUGAAGAAAAAAAGAAUGAAAGAAAACAACAUAGCCUAGAAGCUCUAGGAAAGGUUCAAGAAUUGUGAAGGAAUGACUGCUGCUGCCCAUUGGACAAGCAGCAGCCCAGGGAUGCUGUUGCUGGCAUCGUUGUGCUGCUGCUGCAUCGUCUCUGUGCCUUCAAUGAGGACAUGGUGAAACUAUUUCUAAAUAAGGCCUGGGGUUAUUUGUACUGAAGCAGAUGACAACCUUUUUAUUUUUCCAACUCAAGAUUAUUGCCUUCAUAUAAUAACAUAUUAAUUUAUCUUUUAUACUUCAGAAUAAAAUUAUUUGUAGGGAGUAAUUUCAGCUGUCAUCUUUUUCAAAGGUUUUUAAAUUAUGUACUUGUUUAAUAUCUCACUUCUAACUAAAAGCACAAUGGUACUACCUUUUUAGCAAUUUUUGUUUGGGACUAUUUUAUCUUGUUUUGUACAAAUGCAGUGAUGCAGACACAACAUAGUAUUAAAAUUUAUCUGUUUGUAAGAUGUUUUGGGACACUGAUUUGAUCAUAGACACUGGCAAAGCCUGCUUGCUUUACUCCAAGCAGUAUCUUUAAGAUGCACAGGGUUGUGGGACAUAAAGCUUGAGGCUGUUUCUUUUGAUAUUUUUAAUGAAACAAAAAUCCAUGCAAAAAUUCCCAUUGAUUAAAUUCACAUAAUAACUAUGCAUUCUAAAACAUUUAUUUCCACAUUUCCAAAAGUAUUACACAAUUAAGCUGGUAUGAAUGGCUAGUGGCCUCACUUUUAUAUUUACAUAAGUAUCAGAAACUGCAAAUAGGCUUUUGAGGCAUCAGUCUAAGUCUGAUUAAUGCACACAUGAUUUAUGUGCAUUAAGACAUGUGAUUCAUACUUCAGAAAUCAAGUUGCUAAAGUUAUUUGAUGUAAAUAAAAGGAAAAGAAUUGAAUUUAUUUCAGUUUGAAUACCAGGCCUCAGAUAAGUGUUUUGUGUAUUAAAAGUGUGUCUUAGCCAACAAACUUAUCUGAGGUAUCCAGAAACUCUGCAAGUGGCAGUUUGCUAAACUCCUUGGGCAGUACUGGCUCUUUCACUUGAUGUAAACACGUUCCACAAAUGCCACAUGUUCCACAUUAAGUGGUUCUGCUACCAUUGACAAGCCAAGAUACAUUCAUCUAAAGUAUUUCUGCAGUUUCAGAUUAUUUAUUCUGCUAUUAUGAAAAUUAUGAUGUGACAAAAAACACUGUUACUUACAGAAACAAAUAUACUGUGUGUUUCAAAUCAAGCUAUUUCUUUCUCUACAUAACUGUAAAGAGAAGAUCUUAGAAUUAGGUUGACUGGUGCAAUAAUUGCAAAUUAAACUACUUUUUUUUUUAACUCUCUUUAUGCACAGCCCUUUUCUUUCAGCCUAGAAGUGUAUGCACCAAAUUUCAGACAGAUUUUUUUUAAAGCAGUGGAAUACAUAAGCCCUUCAAACCAGGAUUUCAAGUGGAAAAUAUAACCAAUCCUUAAUUACAGCUGCAUCACAACACUAAUGGAAUUCCACUACCUAGCAUUGAAUAAAGCCUCAUUUGCUCCUCCUACAUGCACUAAAUAUAAAUGUGCAUGAACAGCAAAAGCAAUUUGCCUAAUCUCUGAAUCAGCUAAAUAGCAUUUGCACUGAAAUUUUGUCUGUAUACUAACUUAUCUGGUUAAACUGUGGGUCAAACUGAGAAAUAAGGAGAAUCAUAAUUAUAUUUUCUCUUUAGAUGUUUUGCCAUUUUGUUGCUUGUCUGAGAAGUUAAGGAUUCCACUUGUACUGUUCAAGCCAAUUUAUUUCUUUUGGAAAGGAUGGACUUUUUUUAAACAUAAUUUUAGUUAAAUAUUUCUGUAGUGUCCUACUUUUCUUGAGUUACUAACCAAUUUACAUCUAUGCAAAUCCUGGAACACUAAAUUCAUUCUUCUGAAGUAUGUUG